GGUGGACUUGCGAAUGUUAGGCCUGUGGUUGCCAUAGCGACCGGGAGGUUGGGCUGGCCAGAUUCAGCCGCCGGGACCGGACCAGAUUCUAGGCCCAUGCCAUCCUGUCAUGAACAGUUAUACAAGCAAGUGGACCAGUGAGGCACAUUUGGGCAGUGCUCUGUUCACAUCUGGCCUGCACCUGCUCUCAUCCUGCCUUCACAGGUGCUUAGGAGAACAUGCAGUAGAGCUUUUCAUCAAACAAAUGGAACACGUCAUAGUAUUUUGCUAAUAUGGCCAACUCUGCACAGAAAAAUGAACUCACUGGCAAGCACCCCAGACGUGCCAUUGAAGUACAGAAAGGUUUUACUGCUGCAUAUCCAACACAAUCCUCCAUUCCUGUUAAAUAUCAAGCUUCAGUAAUCCCAGAAUCAGAAAAAAAAGGAUUCAAUAGUCAAGCCAAGAGAUUUUCUCAAAAGAAGAAUGAAAUCCCAGGUCCUGGAUUCUACAAUGUCAUUCACCAGUCACCAGUGUCCAACAGUGUCUCAUUGUCCAAGAAAGGAACAUGCAUGUUUCCCUCGAUGCGCGCCCGAUUGGACACCAUCAUUUCUAAAUACCCUGCAGCGAAUGCAUACACUAUCCCAUCGGACUUUAUUUCCAAGAGAGACUUUAGUAAUUCAUGUUCCAGCAUGUUCCAGUUGCCAAGCUUUAUGAAAGUUCUCAAAUUUGAAACUCCUGCACCAAACUAUUACAAUGCCUCUGUCUCUUGCUGCAAGCAGAGAAACAACGUCUGUGCCCGAGCCGGGUUUAUGUCAAAAACCCAAAGAGGAUCUUUCAUUUUUGCUGAAAAAGGACCUCCCCCAGGGCAUUAUGAUAUCAACGAAUCCCUUGUGAAGCAGUCGCCAAACACAUUAAUGUCUUGUUUUAAAUCAAAAACCAACCGUGGAUUAAAACUGACGUCAACAGGCCCGGGACCCGGUUAUUACAACCCUGGCGAUUGCACAAAAGUUCCAAAAAAGACUCUUUUCCCGAAAAACCCCAUCCUGAACUUCUCUGCUCAGCCUUCGCCUCUGCCCCCGAAGCCGCCUCUCCCAGGUCCUGGUCAGUAUGAGAUCGUGGACUACUUAGGCCCCCGCAAGCAUUUCAUCUCGAGCGCGUCAUUCGUGUCUAAUACCAGCCGGUGGACAGCGGCGCCCGCUCAGCCAGGCCUGCCUGGCCCAGCCACGUACAAGCCAGAGCUCCCGGGAAAGCAGUCCUUCCUCUACAACGAGGACAAGAAAUGGAUCCCGGUGCUGUAGGGAUGUCACACAAGGUCGAGGAGAACCCCUGCCAUCAGCCCGUCCCGCCCAGCUUCCCCAGGACAUUCCUCAGGAGGAGACUGACCAUGUGUGUGGCAGCUGACAACUUGGGGGCCAGCUCUACCACUCUGGCCUGGCGUGCUAGCCGGACUGCUGCCAUUGCCUUUGUCUUGAGCUGGAGACAUUGCUCCCUGGAGACUGCACCCCAGCCCCACGGACUCCAGUGGGUUCCUGAGCAGAAGGGAGGAGUGGACAGAGCCCCUGGCUGCUUCCCCACGCACCCAUCCAGGCUGGCUUCCGGCACGACUCCCUGCCACAGACUGAAGGGACUCCUGAGGUGCAGACUUCAAGGAGGAGCAGUCCACCCUGAAGGUGGCCAAGCCUGGAAGCCCCACCCUUCCCUGUGUCAUUCCUUCAUUCAUUUACACAUUCAUUCAUUCCCUCACUCCUGCCUUUCUCAUUUGUCCCUUCCUGACCUCACUCACUCACUCACUCACUCACGGUAUAUCUACUGGGCGAAAGCUACCUGCAGGCAGGCGAUGCUUUUUCCACCAGUCCACAGCUUCCUUUCUAAAGUGACCACCUGUUUGGAAAGGCCUCGCUUUACUCCUUUUAGACCUUUUUCUUCUUUGGAGUGGGAGAUCAUCUUGGAAUGGCAGUGGCCGGGCCCAGGGGCUGUGCUUUUCCCUGACUUCCUCUGCCAGCGGGACUGAAUUUUCUCAAGGCUUGCAGGCCCCUCCAUGGAGUCCACAUGGCCUGUCUAGGCCUGAUAUGGCCUGUCUAGGCUUGAUAGUGGAGGCCAAAAGAAAUGUGCCCUGGUGGUUUUGGUGGAGGCUGCACAGGUGCACGGUGGGUGGGGAGCUGCCAGGUUCCUUCCCUCAUCUCCCAGCAGACUUUGACUGACGCUGUAAGUCUCUCUGUGCAUUCACCCCGCCAGAUACUGAGAGGUUACAAAGGCUCCAGGGCCUGUACGUCUGUGGCCUCUCCAGAGAAGUGGUUCUCCGCCUUGACUGCGCACUGUAACCACCUGGGGACUUUAAAAAGUACUGAGGCCUGGGGCCCACCCACAAAUGCUGAUUUAACUCCUCCAGGGUGGGGUCUGGGCAGUGGGGAGGCGGGGGGGUAAAAGCCACCCAGGUGAUUCCAGUGACAGGUGAAGGUUGAGCAGUGACACCUUCCAGCUUCUUGACUGGCUCUGGGAGGGGAGCUGGGAAGGACAGGAGGUGGGAACUUUAUACACACGGAGCACCUACAGUGUGGCUGCGGUUCCACACUCCUGUCAUUUAACCUCCACGCAUCACCUCAUUCUGACAUCACGGGGGCGUCACAGCCACAGUGAGGCCUGGCCUGGCAGAGCAACUCUGGGUGCCCCACUGGGGGCACGCCUAAUGGGAACCCGAGGCAAAAGGAAACAUCAGUAAUACGAAUCCUGUCUUCAAAACUGUGAUGUUUUGUUCACCAUGCAUUUUUUUUUUUUGCCUUAAUUUAAAAAAUAUUGCAUUAAACUUAUUUAUCUUGAUUAUUGA